AGCCCAAGCCCAAAAUGAAGUGCUCUCCACUCCUCAGUUAGGCGCAGAGUACCAUUUCUCCAAACUCUCUUGGAACUUGGGAGCCAUAGCCUGAAGCUCACACCCUUCCCCGCCUUCUCUCUCUCGAAAGCGCUCGUCCCUUUAAAGCUCUAAUCUCUACUUUACAGAGACAAAUCGUAUUUCUUUUCUUCGGGCAAUCCUAUUCUGGACUUAAGAGCUUCGGUUAAGCUAUAUUUGAUCAGAGUCUGGUGCAUAACGGAGUACCUCAUUCUCUGGCUCAGUCGUAUUUCAGACUUUAGAGAGAGUCCUGAUUCAUCUGGGCCAUCAAGUAUCCGUACAAUUGUAAGUUUGGCUUUUCUAGCAAAGUAAAGGGAGGACAGGAGCAAUCAUGGAUGUCGACUCACAACCAUCCAUGGAAGAAACCAUUUUGGUUGGUGAUGAUUUAAUGAUGGGGCCACCAUCGCCCAUCAUUCCACCUGAAAUUGCAUCUCAUGUGCUUGAAGGUGUUGAUUUGUGCGAUGGGAUAUUGAGGAAUCUCUUUCUAUGCUUGCAAAUAAAUGAUAUUGAGCCUUUUUGUCAAGAUGAAAUAGCAGUUUAUCGACAGUGUGCUGAAAGACGGGAUAGAGAACUAAGACAACGGCUGCAAGACAGUGAACAUAAAUUAGGGUCAUCAAUGCCUCUAGAUGCAGCAAAGGAAAGGGCUACACAACUUGAAUCAGAAGUUACAUUAUUGGAGAGACGCUUAAUUCUUGCUAGUGGUGUUGAAGGCAUCGAAGGAUUCCGUCAACGAUGGAGUUUGCACGGUCGGCUCACCGAUACCAAGAAAAGGCUGGAAUCUUUAAAGAAAGGAAUCGAGAACAGGAGAGAUGACGAGCCGGCAAGGAAAACGUUGUCUUCCAAAAGAUGGUUCUUUUAGUGUAAGUGAUUGCUUCAUAUGCUUACGUAUCCUAUUUGGUUCUUAAAAGUUAAUGAUCCACGAUUCUUCUAAAUACAAACAAGGCUUGAGUUUUAGGCCAAAACUCUAUGCAGUCUAACAAGGGCAUCUUUUACAUUUUUGGCAUAAAAAGAAGGCAUUGGAGAUGAAGUUAAAUGACUGUUAUAUCAGAUAAUACAAGCGGAGAAAUUUAUGUAAUUAUGAGCAGAUAUAAAAGAGUAGCCUUCUUUAUACGCCCACCAAAGGGAAACUACAUGAAUUGCAUGAUUUUUGUUUA